AUGAAGGACAUCCCCACCUACAUUCAAGGUGUCGAGGGCGAGCAUUCUCGGCAGGAUCUUCGGCGGUACUCUCUCCUCCUCACCAUCACAAGAAUUUUCUUCUCUCCAGGCUUUAGCGGCCACUCUACCGCAUCCGGCGCUGCUUCCGGGCUAUGCAUCCCCGAUCAGCACGCUGUGUCAGCUCAAUCGUACUUUGCAGGCCCAACCUACUAUACUGCACGGGAAAACAGGAGUCUCCUCCGCCAAGGGGGCCUCGGACCCUACACCGUCCGAAAGAACUAUGAGAGGUCUUCAACCAUCACAUCGCUGCGGAUUGGGACACGCCCCGCUUGGAAGGUUGUCGGCAUCUUGGACACUCAUGCGAUGGUCCGUUUCAGACGGGUCGUGGGCGAGGACGAGGAAGACGCCGAUGAUACUGAAGAGCGCGCGGACGAAGAGGAUGACGAUAUUGAAGACACGGCGAAGCCUAAGCAAAUGGAGCUCGGCCCUGUAGCUUCAUGGAUAGGAGUCUUCCCCGGGACUACUUCCGCUACGGCUGCCCACAACGCGGCUCAGGACAUCGUUGCUCUUCUCAAAGACUACAGCAUCGCAUCACUCCUAUCCCCGGAGCGUGCGGAGGCGCUUGCGAAAUUGCUGAGAUGCGUUGAGACUGAGUGGAAUGGACGACCGUGUCCUCGUUCACGUCCCUCGCUCCCCAGCCUCGGCAUCGGUGGACACCGUUUCACGGAGGACUGGGGAAUCUUUCAGGUCGAUUGGUUUAACCCCGGCGUUAGUUUCCAGGGUACCAAGGUGGACCAUGUAACGGAGCUGACGCCUGGAGAAUUCGAGGACAAAUGCUCUACUGGGAGAGACGCUGGCUGGGAGUUCUACGACCCGUGCUUAUCGCUCGUCAAGAACGGCGAAGGACCCGGCGGCAUCAUCGGCGGUGCCAACGGCGUCUUCUCCAUCGUCCGCGAAUACUUCAUCGUCAUGUCGGCUCACCGCACCUCCUUGGAACCGGGCAUUAUCAAGUACGAUCGCUCGUCUGAAGCGGUUUGGGGCCCGGGCGAUUUUGGCUCCAUCAUCAUACGUGGUCGUAUCGGCGGCAUGUCUACAGGCGGUUCCGCCCAGGGCGCGACGUGCGAUUGGACCCUACGCCACGCCCCUUCCUGUGGCUCUUCCAGCGCAUCAAAAGCGACCGGGUUCCCAAACACGCAUCUCGAUCUCCUGGCUACAUCAUCUCCGAAAACCUCGCGAAACUCAUAG